AUGGCAACAGCUCUGCCAACAUUCCCUUCCUUCGAUCCCAACGCGGACCAGGGAGCACCCGGCGUCAGAUUUAAGAAAUACAUCGCUCGUUUUCGAAAUUUGAUAGUUGCUACAGACAUCGAUGAUCCCAAACGUCAAAAGGCGCUCCUAUUACACUACAUCGGUGAAGAAGUCAAUGAUAUCUUUGAAACACUCACAGUCAGUGAACCGGCUGAAGGAGAAACAGUUCUAGACGUCACAAUCAAAGCACUAUCUGAAUACUUUACACCAAAGAAAAACCCUGUAUUCGAAGAAUAUAAAUUUUGCAACGCCAAACAAAACAACGACGAAGCUCUUAUGACGUACUAUACACGACUCAAACAACUUUCCCUCACCUGUGAAUUUCACGAUGCCGAUCGCGAAAUCAAAUCUCAGAUCAUCCAACACGGCCGCUCGCAACGACUUCGACGAAAAGCUUUAAUCGAUCCAACUAUAACCCUGGCAAAACUUCUAGAAAUGGGUAAAGCGGCGGAGCUAGCCGACUCGCAAGCAGCGAACUUAGAACGAACAGAGAACGUCAGCCAUUUCACAACCGGAAGUAGCAAAAACCACAACAAAGCACGCUUCCAAUCCCGGAGCCCCGGUACCAGGGUGAAAUGUCGUAAUUGUGGAGGCACAUACCCGCAUGAAGGCGGAAAAACUGCUUGCCCAGCAUACGGAAAGGAAUGUCGCUCCUGUGGAAAACUUAACCACUUACAGUCCGUAUGUCUCCAAGACAGACAACGUUCAAACCCCACCAAACCACGUCAGCGACGCUACCCGCAAACAGCCGAACGACAGGACGUCCGAGCGAUGGACAACACCGCAGAAACUGACUACAGCGAUGACAGCGACGAAGUUGGCGUGUUCCGAAUCAACGUCUACAACAUGACUUCGGAUCGCAACAAACACCCAUUAUUUGACGUCACCAUCGAGGGAACACUGCUGACCAUAAUGGCAGACUCUGGUUCCAGUAUCAAUAUUCUGGAUGAGCAAGAUUACAACAAGCUCUCCCCACGACCGAGUUUGGAGCAAACACGCAUCAAAGUCUAUCCUUACCAGACCGAGACACCCCUACCCGUCCUUGGGCAAUUUACCUCCACCGUCGCAUCGGAAACAGUCAACCGUACAGAGACAUUCUAUGUUGUGAAAGGAACCAGUGGGUCAUUGCUUAGCUGGCGCACUUCUACCGACCUGCAGCUACUCAAAGUCAUAAAGCCCAUUACACAUCAAAACCUUCCCACCGUUGAACAGCUCACCACCCAAUACCAGGACUUGUUCCAAGGACUCGGCAAGUUGAAAGAUUACCAAGUUCAGCUUCAUAUUGACGAAGGUGUACCACCAGUUGCCCAACCACACCGACGCGUGCCGUUCCAUUUGCGCAAACAACUUGAGGAACAGCUAAGUCAGGACGAAAAACUGGGUGUAAUCGAACGCGUGGAGGGCCCAACCCCCUGGGUAUCACCCAUUGUUGUGGCACCAAAGCCCAAGUCACCCGGAAAGGUCCGUGUAUGCGUUGACAUGCGUCGUGCAAACACAGCAGUCCAGCGUGAACGCCACAUCACCCCAACGAUCAAGGAAAUCAUCGGCGAUUUGAAUGGUGCAACUGUCUUUAGCAAACUCGACCUCAACCAGGGUUACAACCAACUAGAACUAGCCCCGGAAUCCAGGUACAUUACCACCUUCAGCACCCACCUUGGGCUCAUGCGCUACAAGCGACUCAACUUUGGAAUAUCUAGUGCCGCCGAAAUCUUUCAGAACGCCAUCCGCGAGAGUCUUGACGGCAUCCCGGGCGCAAUUAACAUCAGCGACGACAUACUCGUUUUUGGCAAGACCCAGAAGGAGCAUGAUCAAGCACUCGCAGCAGUGUUUCAGCGGCUUCGAGAACGCGGGCUGACCUUGAACAAACUCAAGUGCGAGUACAGCAAAAACAGCCUUGAGUUCUUCGGGUACGUUUUUGGUGCGGAUGGCAUGGCCCCCGAUCCAAAGAAAGUUCAAGAUAUUCUAAACCUCAAAGCUCCAACGUCAGUCACAGAAGUCCGUAGCCUGCUAGGCAUGACCAACUACUGUGCACGAUUCGUCGAGGGAUAUGCCACAAUUACUGAACCUCUGCGAGCCCUUACCCACAAGAGCCAUGCCUGGGAGUGGAUGGACAAGCAGGAACAUGCCCUGGCCCAGCUCCGGCAUGUGUUGGCCAAUGCACCUGUCACAGCGUACUUCAACCCUGAGAAAACAACUGAAAUCUCUGUUGAUGCAAGCCCGGUUGGGCUGGGCGCCAUCUUAACGCAAAUCGAUCCCACAACCAAAGUCAAGCGUAUCAUUGCAUAUGCCAGCCGGUCUCUGACCACCACCGAGCAACGCUACAGCCAGACUGAGCGCGAAGCCCUCGCUGUAGUAUGGGCAUGUGAACACUUUCACCUCUACAUUUACGGCAAGCCAGUCAAUGUCUACACAGACCACAAGCCCCUCGUUGCUAUCUAUGGCAACACGAACUCGAAACCACCUGCUCGCAUCGAAAGAUGGGCACUCAGACUUCAACCAUACCAGACCACCGUGUAUUACCGAAAAGGAGAAGAAAAUCCUGCAGACUAUAUGUCUAGGCACCCUUCCAGUCACACCGAACCCUGCAGCAGACAGGAAAAAGUUGCUGAAGAGUACAUAAAUUACAUUGCCACAACUUCAACACCAACUGCCCUCACCCUCAGCAUGAUUGCAGAGGCCACAGGACGUGACCCAACCCUCCGUGCCGUCAUAGACGCCGUUCAAUCAGGCAAGUGGCAUGAACUAGCCAAGCAUCCAAAGGUCGACACUGACACAUUUCACACAUACGAACGCCUCAAAGAUGAGUUAACCGUUGGAACAACAACCCAAGUAGUCAUUCGUGGAACGAAAUUAGUGAUUCCAAACAAGCUACAACGUCGCGUCGUGGACUUGGCUCACGAAGGUCACCAAGGCAUUACCAAAACCAAAUCCCUACUACGAGAGAAGGUGUGGUUCCCCGGAAUCAACAAAAUGGUCGAAGAACGAGUAAAAUCCUGUCUCGCAUGCCAAGUUGCAACCCCGGAGGCAGCACGUGAGCCGUUACAAAUGUCUACUCUGCCCGAUCAAGCGUGGGACGAGAUAAGCGUUGACUUUGCUGAACUCUCAACAGGGGACUACCUCUUGGUAGUAUCUGACGACUACUCACGCUAUCCAAUCGUUGAAGUUAUUCGUUCAGUGGCAGCCCAAGCUGUAAUUCCUAAACUCCAACACAUCUUUUCACAAUUUGGCAUUCCAGGAAUUCUGAAAUCCGAUAACGGUCCGCCGUUCAACUCCGAAGCCUUUGCAACUUUCGCCGCUAACCUGGGAUUUACCCACAGAAAGAUCACUCCCUAUUGGCCAAGAGCCAACGGCGAAGUAGAGCGGUUCAUGAGGACGGUAAAGAAGAUCGUGAAGAUUGCACUUACACAGCAGAAACCAUGGCGAGAAGAACUAACCAACUUCCUUCGGAACUUCAGAGCUACACCACACAGCUCAACUGGAAAGGCCCCAGCAACAGCCUUCUUCAAUCGCCAACUCCGAACGAAGCUACCCGAUGUACACACCAAUGCACGGGACCCAGCCGAGAUCCAAGAGACGGACCAGAAAGCCAAAAGAAAGAUGAAGAAAUAUGCUGACUCGAAAGCAUAUGUCAAGCCAUCAAGAGUACGACCUGGCGAUACCGUGGUCCUAAAGCGUGAUCCCUCACAUCGAAAGUCCGAAACCCCGUAUGAACCAAAGCCAUACAAAGUAAUCAGCUGCAAAGGCUCGAUGGUAACCGCCACGCAAGGAGAAAAGACAGUGACCAGAAACUCAUCGUUCUUCAAGCUCGUCAGACAACAAGAUGAACCAACGGAAGGCGACUCAACCGAUGGAGAACAUGAUAACCUCGAAGACACGGACGGUGAACCAGACAACACUGCACAGGCUGAGGAACAGCAACAAGAACCUCACCGUUAUCCUCAACGCGUUUGAGCGCCACCAAGACAUCCAGCAGACUAUGCAUAGCGCUGAAUAAGGAACUUAUUGUCGGACUAAUAAGCUCCCAGUACUUGUCACCGUGUCUGACAGACUGUAUUAAGACAUGCAUGCAUGUACUUUACGAAUCACAUUGAGUGAACCUUAUAUGGCAAACACUUAGUUGACAUUUGACUUUAAAUUUGGGUUCUUUUACUAGUUAUGUUUAGUGUGACUUUAGCACGUCUCUAAAUCCCAGUAAGGGAGGGAUGUAAUAUCCUAUGUUAUCACGUGGGGGACACGUGACAGGUGGACGGAUAUAGGCGGGAGAACAUGGAGACUCGAGAACAAAACUAGCUUGUAUAUUUGAUGUUCAAAGAGAAUAUUAUACCCAGGGGGGCGAAAAUCCUAGGAAUUUCGCCUCCCUUUAGGAAAUUCGCCCCCCUUUAAAAAAAGUUGAAACUUUUUAUUAUCCGGUCAGCAACGUCGCCGGAUUAAUCGGAACCAAAAAUUUCUACUGAUGACGCAUGCGCGGAUCUUAUUUUGUUCCGAUCCGCUGCCGCGUUGUGUUGAACACGUUGGGACGCAUUUAUAACGCGUGUUUCGCGUGGUGAAUAUCUCAUUUCAUAUUCACCGGAUGUGACGCACACCGACAGUGGUGACACUGGUUGUUACUGGUGACCCUGGCGGUUUACGAAACGGAAAAUUGCGUCGCCGUGUAGUAAUUGGGAAAACCUGUGGCAAAUUCCCUGACCUUACCUUGUCGUAAAUAUAAAUGGUGCCGAAUAUCAUCAAAACAUCAAAACAAUUGUGAAUAUUGUUAAACGCGAAAAUCAUAAUUAUUCAGAAAAUUUUAACUUGCAUCCAGAUCAUAGUACCUUUAGUAUUAUAGUUACAACAUUAGUAUGUUCGUAAUUCUUCUUUCAAUAUAAACUUUGUACGUUAUAUGUGCUAAUUUGUAAAGUGUCAAUUAGGAUUCUCAAACUCUGGCUACGAGGUUGUAACUAUAAAGCUUGGAAUUUUUUUUCGGUAUGGAAAAUUUAUGCAUCAUUAUGAUUUCAUGCGUGAUUAAAUUUAUUUUAAUUUAUAAAAAAGACGAAGUUGUAAUGGUUCGGCGUGGACUUAAAUACACCAAUUAAAAUUUGUAUUGCUUUGCCAGCCGUUCAUAUGGAACAUUUCAAACCUUCCCUCCUCCCCAUAUUACCAUAAAUCGCUUAUCUAACCUUUCGAUUGGGAGUAAGGUGGUUGACUAAAACAAUCUUUUUUCACUUUAAAGUCCACCUCGUUCGGAAACGAGGUUGCUUUGAAGUCUGGUAAUCAGAAAAAUUUGCCUUCGAAAAAAUUGAAAGACCCUUAACCACCGAUCUAUCUCUCUAGUGUGCAUACACGUUCUUCGUGCAUUUCUGUUCUUCGUGUAUUUUCUAUAAUAGGGCUGUCUCCAAACCGUUUUAUGUAAAGCCUUUGUCUCUUUUUGUCUCUUGUAGAGAGCCCAGAAUCGUGGAAAUGGGAAGAGAGUUCGAAUGUUCAUCGAGAGAAGUUCAUUAAGCUGCUCCAAUAUGGAAAAGACUAUCCGAAAGAGGUCAAGAACGUUAACGGAGUACGCGUUUGUUGCUCGAAGGAGUUUCUCAUUGGGAAGGGAAAUGAUGGCACUCGAGUCUAUGUAGGUUUAGGGAAAGAUGGAUACGAAAGGGCUGUAAAGCGUUUGCCUAGAGAUGCUUGCACUGGCGUAGCUGAACACGAAAAGAGGGUUUUGAACGAACUCAAUGCAACUAAGUCAAACUAUGUUGUAAAUUAUUGGUUUUUAGACGAACAAAGCGAUAAGGACUACUUAUUUUUAAUCAUGGAUUUAUGUGAGGAAACGUUGGCAAGUUUUGUUGCUGGUAACAGUUUGGAGGAUCUAGUAACAACUGCGCCAGAUAUCAUUCGGCAAGUUUUGAAAGGAUUGGCUGAUCUCCAUCGCCAUCCAAAGCCAGUUUUGCAUCGUGAUUUGAAACCAUCCAAUAUCCUGCGAGAUGUCGACGGUAAUUGGUUGCUGGCAGACUUUGGAAUCAGUCGAAUCUUAACGGCAGGUGCCACUACCCAUCCAAGUGAUCAGAGGGGAACGGAUGAUUGGAGAGCAGUUGAAUCUUCAUAUCAUUCGAAUUGCAUGACUGACAAUAGCAAAGUACGUUAUAAGAAAGAAUCCGAUAUUCAGGUAGGGUUUUGUUUGUGUUAAACACGAGUUAGAGUAAAUAAGUAUAGAUUUUACAUUGCUUUCAAAAGAAGGUUGCAGAACUUCAACGAGUGGUACGGGGCUUACUCAUAGAAAAUUAAUAAAUAUAGCUGCGUAGCUGAUCACAAACUAUGUUUCCAUUUAUAUUGGCAAUGAAUGUACUUAUAAAUCUGCCAUAUUGAAUUCGACUAGGAGUGUGCAAGUUCAGCACAAUCCUGCACACAAACAUCGCAACCAAAUUCCCUAGUAAAGCUGAUGUUUAACCAAAAUUAUUUAUUUAUUUUAUUCUUUCUGAAGCUGAAAUAAAGAAAACAUUUUCCUCAACGAAGUAUUUUUAAACCACAGCGUUUGAAAAUACUGACAUCAGUAAUGUAAUAGUUUUUAAAACUCUGUCAUUAAGAAGUGUCGGAUCAACUUUUCGGCAAUACAAAUUUUGCGUUGUUCUGUGCUGUGUCACAAUUUUCAAAGAAAACAUUUUUUCGUACAUAUAAGAAUAAUUCAGUAGUACAGUUUGCUUUUGUCACAUUUAGGUAGCCGGAAUGGUGGCAUUCUACAUUUUCACAAAAGGUGAACAUCCCUUUGGAGAAGGACGAUACCGACUUGGCAACUUACUUGAUGGUAAACCAGUUGGCUUGGACACGCUGAAAGAUCCUAUCUUGAAAGAUUUAUUAUCCUGGAUGCUGAGCCACAACCCGAAAGAUAGACCGUUGGCUGAAGAAGCGCUGAAACACCCUUACUUUCAAUCCAGGAGACAGAAGUUUGAAAUGCUUUGCAAAAUGGGAAACCAACAAGAGAUUAAAGCAGGCGACAACAACUCAGCUGUCGUACGAGAAUUGAAUAAUGACCCCACAGAUUGGAAAACUAGGAUGAGACCUGAUGUUCUGAAGUAUUUAUGUACUGAUUUCAUGAACGGGAAACCAAAAACAUUUUCUUAUAAGUCGUCGUGGACGGAGUGUUUACGACUUAUCCGAAAUGUCAACCAACACUGGCAUGACCGACCACGUCCAAUGCCUCAACCCGAAGCAUUCUAUGUAGUGGGUAAUCCCCAAGAAUACUUCCUCAACCUCUUCCCCAACAUUCCAGUUGAAGUUCACAGAAUUGUCAGGUCGUGUGAUUGGAAAGAACGACCUGACCUUAAGGAGUACUUCAUAUAAGAUACAAUAUGUGGUUUGUGUGCGCAUAAACUAACCUGAGAAGUUGUUUCAGACGGGAAAAACACUGAUCUAAAAGCUAGGGCUGCAUAUAGUGCAUCUGCUGUGCAUAAAUAAAACCAAUGGCGGCCAUAUUGUUGUGGUGGUGUUGACAUGUUAGAAGAGGUCCCAACAUUUCUUAGUUAUUGGUGUGAAAGGAGAAAUGUUGUAUUGAUAGUUAUUGGACAGCAGUGACCUCUCUUUCUUUUUGACCUCUUUUUCAAUAACUAAAAAUCGAAUCAAUAUGGCUGCCACGAGUCUUACGAACUCUGCAGUGCUUAAACGUUCUAAAACUCUUUAUAAAAAGUAUCGUAAGCUAUAUCUCUAUAAGUCAUGUUGCAUACAGUAUUUGCUUCAUAUAUUAAAACCAAUUUGAACAUGUAACGAUUCGAUUUUAACGGUUAUUCCACAUUCAAAAAUGUUUCCUCAUUGAAAAUAUUCUAGAC